AUGCCAAUCCCUCGUCGAAGCCUCCCAUCGGAGGAUGAGCUGCGGGAAUUCUACGUCGGCCGAGACAUCAACAGCCUCCCAAAGCCCGCGAUUGUCCUCGAUGUCGCCAAAGCAAGCCGCCAUGCAGCUCAAAUGCUUCAGGCUGCUCAAUCGCUCCGCGUGGCAUUUCGAGCGCAUGUAAAGACACACAAGACUACGCAGCUGGCUCGCAUGCAGGUCGGCGAGUCCCCUGAUGCAGCGAGAUUCGUGGUAUCGACAGUCGCUGAGCUGGAGCACAUGGUCCCUGUCUUUGAAGACUUUACGCGAAAUGGACGUGCAGUCGAUGUCCUCUACGGCAUUCCCAUCCCGCCGUCCCAGAUCGUGCGGAUUGCCAAGAUAGCUAUCCGUCUUCGCCUCGUCUCCAUCUCCUUCCUGGUCGACCAUCCUUCACAGCUCGCGUCGCUCAGCGAGUUCUAUGAUUUGGUCGGGUCCCCGGCCAGCGUGUUCCUCAAGGUCGACACAGGCUACCACAGAGCAGGCCUCCCUCCCAGCUCACUCAACAAACAGGGCCUGAUCCAGGAGACCGCACAGCUCGAGUCACAGGGCAAAGCCGCCCUGGCCGGGCUGUACUCGCACAGCAGUCUCAGCUACAAAGACACGACGGCCGAACAGGCCAUAGACAACCUGGCGUCCGAAAUCGACGGCUGUCUCGAGGCGAUUGCCGUCAACGCCCAGCACUUCCCUAAGGACAAGAAGCUCAUCGUCAGUGUCGGCGCCUCCCCCCAGGUCACAUCAAUCCAGAACUUUGCACCUGUCUCGGGGAACGCGCCGACUGGCAAGCUUGCAACAAGCUUGCAGCACAUGUCGUUGCACCCUGGCGUGGAGCUGGAGCUCCAUGCCGGCGUGUACUCCGUCCUCGACAUUCAGCAGCUCAGCACCAAUUCGCGCACCUCAUUGGGUUCCUUUGACGAUGAGAUCGCGGUGUCGGUCGUGGCGGAAGUGGCCAGCGUCUAUAACGACGGCGAACGUAGCCAGCCUGAAGCGUUAGUUGCUGUUGGCGUCCUGGGCCUAGGGAGAGAACCAGCCGCGUAUGGCGGAUGGGGCGUUCUCAGCCGUGCGUCUUAUCCUUCAGCGGGGGGUGCAGAUGGGCGCCGACUGAUCUUGGAGAGAAUCAGUCAGGAGCAUUCGAUCGUCGCCUGGGAGAAGAUGGAAGGUGAUGACAACACUUCCCACUUGCCCCCGAUUCCCCUUGAAGUUGGCCGAACGGUCUCUAUCUUCCCCAACCACGCUUGUAUCACGGGAGCAAUGUAUGACUGGUACUUAGUAGUAGACUCUAGCUCAGGUUCGCCAACACGUGUAAUUGACGUUUGGGUGCGAGCAUCAGGAUGGUAG